AUGGCAAAUGCUGUUACUCUUUUUAAUCCUGGUGAUCGAUCACCACGUAUAGAAUGGGCAUGGAAGUCAAAUGUUGAUCCAUGGUUAACAACUGAACCAAAUCAAUGGAAUUCAUAUUCAGAUAUUGAAGCGGACAUUAUUGAGCGAGCUUAUCAGAAAGGACUACCAGAGGUCGUGCUCGAUGACUAUCACAUUGUGUUCAAAGAGUUCGUGCAAAUCUCCAAUAGUAGUGAACAUCAGCAACGACCAGUAAAACGAAUCGUUCACGAACGAGAUCAAGAGCCUAGAUUGAGAAAAGAACGUUUCUUGGCCGAGCCGAUUGUACCAAACAUUUGUUUUUCAAAAAAUCCACGAUGCACACCUUUUUUUGAAGAAUUUCAUGAAAAAUUCCCCAAUCUUGACGACCCAAUAUUUAACGAUUCUAAACGACAAAAAUUAGUACUGAAAGCAGCCGAUGGUCUCAUUGAAGAAGGAAAGAAAUUGGGAAAACAGAAAGAAGGCGAAUACAUGGCAGAAUUACUUCAUAUGGUCGAGGACGGAACAGUUGAUCAAGUGUACGCAUGUUGUGCAUAUCUAUAUUGCAAAGAAUCUUUUCUUUACAAGAAACUCAAUGAAUGCAUGCGUCUGGUAGUUGAUCCUGAUCACUAUCAAGUGUGGCGUAGUAAAGUAUCGACUUUUGGUCCAUUUGCUCAGCUCCUAUACGUUCUGAAAUUCGAUACCGAUCAAGAAGCUCCUUUUUAUGACAUAGAGCAGGAAGCUUCGGUUUUCAACGACAAUCAGAAAACUCCUCUUUUCGAGACCAAACAGGAAACUCCUCUUACGGUAUAUCGAGGAACAAAUCUACCACCUGUUACCAUUGAACAGUUUCAAUCGACUAAAGAUAAAAUUCAAUUUACGGCAUUCACUUCAACAAGUCGAAGUCGAUCGAAAGCGGAACACUGUGGUGGUAAUGUUCUCUUCAUCAUUGAUGUUGCCGAAGAAGAUGGACGAGAUGUAUCGUCAUAUUCAGGCUACGAUGAAGAAGAGCACCUACUUCAUCCUGGUUUCUUCUGUUUUGUCAAGUCGUGUAUCCCGUCUCAAAACGCUGCAAAAUGGGAAAUACAUCUUCGAAGUACCUCUUUAUGA